UGACCCCUUUUUUCCUUGUGUGUAUAGAGAGAGACCACUUGCUGCAUGCGGCAUUCCCAAGGCCGAACAAGAUGGCCAUCCCACUGUCCAUCCUUCCCGCGAAAAACUUGGCAACUAUCAUCCCCCAGUUUCCGGAGAACCCUAAAACCCUAAUUCUGGAACAAUGCAAGACCAUCAAAGAUCUCAACCAAAUCCACGCCCAUCUCAUCAAAAACCGCCUCCUUCACGACCCCGGCGUCGCCGAAAACCUCCUCGAGUCCGCCGCCAUCCUUGCCCCGGAGCCCAUGGACUAUGCCGUCUCCAUUUUCGACAAACUCGAGGAGCCCAAUUCACCGGCUUAUAACAUCAUGAUCAGAGGCUUCACAUUGAAGCAGUCUCCCAAUGAAGCUGUUCUUUUGUUCAAGGAGAUGUGCGAAAGGUCCGCUCGACCCGAUGGAUUCACUUUCCCUUGUGUUUUGAAGGCUUGUUCUAGGCUACAAGCUUUGAAGGAGGGCGAGCAGAUCCACGCCCAAUUAUGGAAAUUGGGAUUUGGGUCGAACGGGUUUGUUGAGAAUUCCUUGAUUCAUCUGUAUGCGACUUGUGGUGAAGUAGGAGUUGCCCGCCGCCUGUUCGACGGAAUGUCUGAGAGGGGUAUUAUUACGUGGAAUUCGAUGUUUGCAGGGUACAGUAAGAGUGGUUAUUGGCAGGAGGUUAUGAGACUAUUCCAUGAGAUGCUGGAAAUGGAUGUGGAGUUUGAUGAGGUUACUCUGGUUUGUGUUUUGACUGCGUGUGGAAGGUUGGCUGAUAUAGAAUUGGGCGAAUGGAUCGGUGAGUAUGUCGAGGCAAAUGGUCUAAGUGGGAAUCCUACUUUGAUGACUUCACUUGUUGAUAUGUAUGCAAAAUGUGGUCAUGUGGAUAAAGCGCGGAACUUGUUUGAUCAGAUGCCCCGGAAGGAUGUUGUCGCGUGGAGUGCCAUGAUCUCUGGUUAUAACCAAGCAAGCCGAUGCAGGGAUGCGCUUGAACUGUUUCAUGAAAUGCAAAAGGCCAAUGCAGAACCAAAUGAGGUCACUAUGGUUAGUGUUCUUUGUUCCUGUACUGUUCUUGGAGCUGUGGAAACCGGUAAAUGGGUGCAUUCCUACAUAAAGAAGAAGAGGAUGAAGCUCACUGUGACCCUUGGAACCGCGCUCGUGGAUUUCUAUGCGAAAUGUGGGUCUGUCGAGAGUGCAAUAGAGGUGUUCAGAAAUAUGCCUUUGAGGAAUGUUUUGUCAUGGACCGUGUUGAUUCAAUGCCUUGCUAGCAAUGGACAAGGGAAAAGAGCCAUCAAGUUCUUCAACUUGAUGCUGGAAAAGAACAUUCCACCAAAUGAUGUUACUUUCAUAAGUGUUCUCCGUGCCUGUAGUCACACAGGUUUGGUUGAUGAGGGCCGACGUUUAUUUGUCAGUAUGAGUAGGGAUUUUGGAAUUGAACCAAGAAUCGAACACUAUGGGUGCAUGGUUGAUAUCCUUGGUCGAGCAGGGCUGAUAGAAGAGGCAUACCAGUUUAUAGAGGACAUGCCCAUUAAACCCAAUGCUAUUAUAUGGAGAACAUUGCUGGCUUCAUGCAGGGUUCACAAAAAUAUCGAAAUUGGGGAAGAAUCACUGAAAAAUGUGGUCAGGUUAGAACCUGCACAUAGCGGCGAUUACAUUCUUCUAUCAAAUAUUUAUGCAUCUGUGGGUAGGUGGGAGGAUGCCUCAAGAGUCAGAACUCAGAUGAGAGAGAAAGGGAUCGAGAAGAUUCCAGGUUGUAGCGUGAUUGAAUUAGAUGGAGUCGUUCAUGAGUUCUUCGCUGAAGACAAUGUCCAUCCCGACUCGGAAGAGGUGUAUUAUGCAACUGAAAACAUGAUGAAAGAGAUCAAGUUGGCUGGAUAUGUGCCCAACACAUCAGAGGCAAGACUGGAUGCAGAGGAAGAUGACAAAGAAACUUCAGUGUCUCACCACAGUGAGAAGUUAGCCAUUGCCUUUGGGCUUAUAAGGACUUGUCCGGGUACUACAAUAAGAAUAUCAAAGAACCUUAGAAUAUGUUGUGAUUGUCACAAUGCAACGAAGAUGGCAUCAAAAGUUUUCAGCAGAGAAAUUGUUGUUAGGGAUAGAAACCGCUUCCACCACUUCAAGGACGGGUCAUGUUCGUGUAAUGACUACUGGUGAAUUAAACUCGUCAUUAUCAAACACUUUUUGCACUAUGAGAGGCAAAUUUAACUCCAAAGACUUGAAAGCCUCAAAAAGGUUACCUGAUUACUGAGGCUUCAACUUAGUUUGCGCGUCUUACAAUGGGCCUCCAGUGGCACCACAAUAGCAGCAAACCUUGAUGCCUUGUGGUAAUGGUAAUCUUAAAUGUUCCAAAUCAAUGAUAUGUCAUCACACAUGUCAAUGCAAAGGUAAAUGCACCUUCAUUAUCUUUAUACUCAAUAUAAGUCUUUCUACUUAAAAACUUGUGCGGGCUU